UUGCAGUUCAGUCUUGUCGUGGAUGCAGUGCGGAUCGAUAUCAAAACCAAGAGCAGCGGAAGGCGCUGCGGAACAAAUUUCGACACACAAAAUUUUUGUACCCCACACAGUUGAACCAAAAAAUCUGCAGAAAAUUCAAACGGCAACGCGUAGCCAUCAAAUAGGGAAUACAAAAGGGAGUUACAUAAAUAGAAAGAGUAAAACUCUGGUGGCAAAAGUGCAAAAGUUAAAGAAAUAAACACCACCAAUUGGUAAAAUUGUGUAAGAUAAAAUCAGAGUGACUCGGAAAUCCGUACCCCCGAAUCAAAUCAAUAGUCCCCCCAAUCAAUACUUAUAAAUAAUUAAUUUCUGUGCCUGUGUUUAAUCGAGAGCUGGUCGGCCGUUUGGGUCAGUGAAAAAGAGGCUCGCUGUGCUGGCACAUUGGAAAAUUUUCGCCUACAACUCUCGACAUGCAGUGAAAAUUUUUUCCGAUUUUUAGUAUGUACAUGUACGUUGACACGCUCGUGGGCGCCCCAGCAGCAUCGGAGGGCAGGGGUAUCCGGCGAGCUUUCGGCCCCACCACCAACACCACCAGCAACCCCACAGCCGCAGCCACAACCACCCCCAUCAGCCCCAUUCGCGGUCAGCCAUCGGGCUGCUGCUGCUAACGGUACUGUGACACGAUACAAAAUCGGCCAACGGCGGCGAAAUGUGCGCGUUAGGAAUCAAUUUGCCAAACAUUUUGCAAAUCAAGUGUACAAAAUGCCAAAAACUCAAAGAGUUCCGCAAUAAGCAUCACGAAAUCAGUCGAAAUUAACAAAUAAAUAUCCGUGAUAACAUUGGCCUAACAGUGGUCAGAGUUUAACAGUGACAGAAGCAGAGGAAUAACAGCCGCAGCCAACCUCGCACCGCUGAGCUUUCACUCUCUCGCGCCGCGCGCUCGCUCUUUCAAUGAAAGUUGGAAGCGCGGAUAAAAUUCCAGAGUGUAGUAAUAUUGUGAACACGACAGCACAGAACACGACACCCAUACAAGGACACGCGAAAAGCUCCCGCUCAAGGACUGGAAUACGUACACGCAACGGAGCAGAGCACACAAGGCGACAUUUUACGUUUUACGCGCGCAACGUGCGUAUAUCAGCGUGUGCACCAGUGUGCGUGUGCGUGUGAAUGAAGGCGCCAAGUGCAACAUAUCAGCCCCAGUCCCAGUCCCAGCCCCAUCUCCAAUAUGCACGCGCUCCAAUGACAACCAGGCACAUUGAGAACGACCACACCAUGGACAAGGAUCAGCAUCAAGCAGCUGAGAUGCUGCACAGUCCGCGACUCGAGGCACCAGCCGCAAACAGCUCCUCCUGCCCCAGCGCUGACUUGCUGUUCAACAAGGCACGGCGCCGCCGAAGAGACCCCCUGCCAGAGCGCAGCCUGCCGACUCAUUGUGCCCCGCUGGUCGUGGAGUAUCGACGCUCCUACCGCGUACUGAUUGUCACCGCCUUGCUGGUGAGCCUAGCGGCCAGCUUUGUGACCAUCAGCGCUGGCUUCCAGCUGGACGGUUCGCAGAGCUCGUUCUACACCUUCAGAAAGUGGUACACCGGCCUGAACGGCACCCUCGAGCUGGAGUUCAAGACGGAGCAGCCCAAUGGCCUGGUCCUCUACACCGAUGAUGGCGGCACUUAUGACUUCUUCGAGCUGAAACUUGUCGAGGGAGCGCUCCGCCUGCGCUACAACCUUGGCGGCGGUGCCCAGAUCAUCACCGUGGGCCGCGAGCUCCACGACGGGCACUGGCACAAGGUCCAGGUGCUGCGCAACGACGACCAGACCUCGCUGAUUGUCGACGGCGUCUCGCAGCAGCGCUCCACCAAGGGCAAGGAGUUCCAGUUCGGAAAGUUUGCCAGCAACUCGGACGUCUAUGUGGGUGGCAUGCCCAACUGGUACAGCAGCAAGCUGGCGCUGCUGGCACUGCCCAGUGUUAUCUUCGAGCCGCGUUUCCGCGGCGCCAUCCGCAAUCUGGUCUAUGCCGAUCAGCCGGGAGGCUCCACCAGGCGUCAAGAGAUCAAGCAGCCGCGUGACAUCAAGUGCGGCGAUGUGCCCUGUGAUCAUGGCGAGCUGCCAGCACGUGAAAGGCCUCUGAGGGGUGUUCGCGGCAAUACAACGGAUGCCUGCGAACGUAAUGAUCCCUGCCAGCAUGGCGGCAUUUGCAUAUCCACUGAUUCCGGUCCAAUUUGCGAGUGUCGAAACCUCGAGUACGAUGGCCAGUAUUGUGAGAAGGAGAAGGCGCCAUCGGAAGCAACGUUCCGCGGUACACAGUUCCUCUCGUACGACUUGGGCCAGACGGGCGCCGAGCCCAUUGUGAGUGCCCAGGAUGCCAUAUCCUUCUACUUUCGCACACGACAGCCGAACGGCCUGCUCUUCUACACGGGACACGGCACCGACUAUCUGAAUCUGGCCCUGCGCGACGGCGGCGUCUCGCUGACCAUGGGCCUGGCCAAUGGCAAGCAGGAGAUGCACAUUAAGCCCUCGAAGGUGCGCUUCGACGACCACCAGUGGCACAAGGUGACCGUACACCGUCGCAUACAGGAGAUCUCCUCAAUAACCAGCUUCUGUCGGUUGGUUACUGUCGUGGAUGAUGUCUACACGGAUCACUCGCACAUCGCUGGCAAGUUUACGAUGCUCUCCUCCUCGCGGGUCUAUGUGGGCGGAGCCGUCAAUCCCAGAGCCCUGCUGGGCGCCCGUGUGCACAACAACUUUGUGGGCUGCCUGCGCAAGGUGGAGUUCUCGGCGGAUACGCUGAAUCUCAAUCUGAUAGAUCUGGCCAAGAGCGGCUCCAAGCUGAUCCAGGUGGCUGGCAACCUGGAGUAUCAGUGUCCCAGUGGCGAUCCCCAGGACCCAGUGACCUUUACGACCCGUGAAUCGCAUUUGGUGCUGCCGCCUUGGGAGACUGGCAAGCAGAGCUCCAUCAGCUUCAAGUUCCGCACCAAGGAGCCCAAUGGCAUCAUUGUCCUGGCCACUGGCUCCAAGCAGCCGCGUGCCAAGAAUCCCGUGCUGAUUGCCAUCGAGCUGCUCAACGGACACAUCUACAUCCAUCUGGACCUUGGCUCGGGCGCCUCCAAGAUCAGAGCCUCGCGUCGCCGCGUGGACGACGGGGACUGGCACGACCUGAUUCUCCGGCGGAACGGACGCGAUGCCAAGGUGAGCGUGGACGGGGUCUGGAACGAUUUCCGCACACCAGGGGACGGAACCAUUCUCGAGCUGGACGGGCACAUGUACCUGGGUGGUGUGGGGCCGGCAUACAAUAGUGUGGCCUGGCCGGCGGCCAUUUGGACGGCCACGCUGCGGCAAGGAUUUGUGGGCUGCUUGCGUGACCUGGUGCUGAGUGGCAAGGCAAUCGAUAUAGCAGCCUUUGCACGCGUUCAGGAUUCGGCCUCCGUCAAGCCGUCGUGCCAUGUGCAGGGCAAUGUGUGCACCGGCAAUCCCUGCCUCAACGGUGGCACGUGCCUCGAGGGCUGGAACCGCCCCAUCUGCGACUGCUCGUCCACGCUGUACGGCGGACCCACCUGCGGCCGGGAGCUGGCCACCGUGGCCUUCAACGGGAGCCAACACAUGACCAUCUGGCUGGGCAAUGGACAGGGAACGAAGACGCAGACCGAGGAGCUGGUCAUACGCUUCAAGACGUCGCGUCCGGCGGGUCUGCUGCUGCUAACCAGCGCCGAGUCCAACUCGCCGGACCGCCUGGAGAUUGCCCUUGUGGCGGGUCGAAUUCGUGCCAGCGUGCGGCUAAGUGACAGGGAGAAGAAUCUCCUGGCUGGCCAGUCUGUGCUCAAUGACAAUAAUUGGCACACCAUCCGGUUCUCGCGCCGGGCGUCGAAUCUGCGGCUGCAAGUCGACGGGGCUCCCCCCGUCAGGGGUAUGUUAUCCGAAACGAUCCUGGGACGACACAGCACCAUGGAGAUACGCUCCAUCCAUCUGGGCGGUCUCUUCCAUGCCGAGGAGGAGAUCCAGAUGACCUCGACCAUGCCUAACUUUGUGGGUCAAAUGCAGGGCUUUGUGUUUAACGGACAGCGCUACUUGGACAUUGUGAAGAGUCUGGGUCCGGAGCUGUCGGCUCUUCCGAGCGCCACCUUCAAGCUCACAGCCCGCUUUGUGAACUCGCCAGCCGGACAGCCCUACCACGCGGCCACCUUCCGCUCCAAGCACUCCUACGUGGGCCUGGCCAUGCUCAAGGCCUACAACAGCAUCUCCAUUGACUUCCGCUUCAAGACGGUGGAGCCGAACGGGUUGCUGGUCUUUAACGGAGGUCGGCGCAGCGAUUUCGUGGCCGUGGAGCUGGUGAAUGGCCACAUCCACUACACCUUUGAUCUGGGCGAUGGCCCGGUGACCAUGAGGGACAAGUCGCGCAUCCACAUGAACGACAACCGCUGGCAUCAGGUCAGCAUUAGACGGCCCGGACCCAAGACCCACACGCUGACCGUGGACGACUCCUUUGAGAUUAUCACCCUGACCGGCAAUAAUAUGCAUCUGGAGCUGGCUGGCAUCCUGUACAUUGGUGGCGUCUUCAAGGACAUGUACUCGAAGCUGCCCGCUUCCAUCUCUUCCCGUUCUGGGUUCGAGGGCUGCCUGGCCUCGCUGGAUCUGGGUGAUGCCUCGCCCUCGCUCACCAGCGAUGCGGUGGUGCCGAGUUCUUUGGUUGUCAGCGGCUGCGAGGGACCCACCAAGUGCAGCCAGAACGCCUGCGCCAAUCGGGGAGUUUGCGUGCAACAAUGGAAUGCCUAUGCCUGCGAAUGCGACAUGACCUCCUACACGGGACCCACUUGCUACGAUGAAUCCAUUGCUUAUGAGUUUGGCAACAACAAGGGCAUGGUGCAGUACACCUACCCCGAGAACGCCCAGGCAGACACCGAGGAGGAUAAUGUGGCCAUGGGCUUCAUAACCACCAAGCCGGAUGCGGUGCUGCUGCGCAUCGAGAGUGCCACCACACAGGACUACAUGGAGCUGGAGAUAGUCGAGGGCAACAUCUUCAUGGUGUACAACAUUGGCAGCGUGGAUCUGCCGCUGGGCGAGAUUGGCACCAAGGUCAACGACAACUCCUACCACGUGGUGCGGUUCCAGCGUAAGGGAGGCAAUGCCACCCUCCAGCUCGACGACUACAAUGUGCAGGCCCUGACUCCACAGAGCCACCAUUCGACCGUUUUCAAUACCAUGUCCAAUGUCCAGGUUGGCGGCAAGUUCAGUCGCAACGGCCGCAAUCGCAUCGAGCGGCCGUUCGCUGGCGUCAUUGCCGGGCUCUCGGUGAACAAAUUGCGCAUCCUGGAUUUGGCCGUAGAGCGCGAUCCACACAUCACCAUACGAGGAGACGUUCAAUUGGUAACUGGAGUAUUAGAUAGAAAUGAUCUGCAGAGAAUGCAGCAGACUUUGAACUCUACUCGACAGACGCCGGCCAGCGGCUAUCCGGGCACCAUUGACGAUCUGAUAUUCUCCGGAGCUGGGUCCGGGUGUCGCGGCGAUGACGAGGACGAGUGCACGCCACCGUUCGAGUCGGGCAGCGGCGAUGACCUCAUCACACCCGUGUAUGUGCCACCCACCAAGCAGACAACCACCUCCCAGCAGGGCGGCAAUGCGAGCAGCGGCAACAAUGGUAAUGGGAGUGGCAGUGGCGGCAGCGGCAACAACAAUGGCACGGAACGGGCCUGCGAUGACGAGGACUGCGUGCACGGCUCUGGGGACUAUGGCGAGACCACGGAACAGUUCACGUCGACCAGCACGGCCAGGGGCGCAGAGUCCAACAAUGAGAUGGUUACGGCCACCACCACGGGACGCAGCGAUGUCACCACGGAGCAGCAGCUGCAGCACGGCUCCAGCAGCGGCAGCACGCCCACCUACAUCACCACACAAUCGAGCGGCGGAAGCAGCAGCAGUAGCAGCAGCAGCGGGGGAAGCAGCAGUAGUCCACCGAGCCAGACGAGCACCACCAGCAGCGUGGGAUCCACCUCCUCGACGCAACGUGCCACAAGCAGCAGCACGAGCAGCAGCACCAGCACAGCCAUCACCACCACAACGACAACGACGACACAGGCGACGCCACCACCGGAGAUCAGGAGCACCGUCACGGAGCGGGAGACAACGCCCUUCGAUAUCUACAUUGCCGGCGGUGGCAUGGGUGGUGCUGGCAGGAACGAUCACGAUCGCAUGCAGCUGCCGGAGGAGCAUCAUCCGUUGCCACCGCUUCCGCCACCAUUGCCACCGCAGGACCCGCCUCCGUACGGCCCAUAUGGCGGCAAUACGUACAAUACGAAUGUGAACAACUACCGGCCCAAGGCCAAGGGCGGUCGCAUCAACUCGAUCGAGGAGGAGCGCACGGCCAUGAUCAUCGGCAUUGUGGCUGGCAUACUCAUAGCCGUCGUGCUGGUCAUUCUCCUGGUGCUGUGGCUCAAGUCGAACGGGGAUCGCGGCUACAAGACGGAGAGCGAGAAGGCGGCCGCCUACGGCUCGCACAACCCGAACGCCGCGCUGCUGGGCAACACCAGCACCAAUGGCUCCUACCACCAGCAGCGGCAGCACCAUCAGGCCGGUGCCGUGGGCCAACAGCAGCUCCAUAGCCAGCAGCAGGUGCACAAUGGACACAAUGGCAAUGGUAAUGGAGGCGGUGGUGGCGGCAUGAUGUCCAGCGGCAGCGGAUCCCUUGGCUACGGCAGCGAUGGCAGGCCCCAGAUGGCGGGUCUCGUACAGCCCAAGGCCAAGAAGCGUGACUCCAAGGACGUCAAGGAGUGGUAUGUGUAAGGUA